AAAAACUGUUAAUAGAAACAUUAAACAGAUAACUGACCUGGCAAGUAAUUGGACGCAUAUUCAAAUACACUGCUUCCUUUCACUCAACUACUCCACAGUUUAUAAUACAGUAACAUACUGUACAUAUUCACAUAACUAACAACUCAAUCACAUCCCACCCCCAUACCAUAAUCAGGUAGACAUCCCGACCUACCAGCAAAGAAAUAAUGUCCUCACAAGUACCAACACCACGACAAUUCCUAACAUCCCUAAUAGAAAGCCUAAACUCAAUCCCUACCCCCCCUACCCCCCAACCCAUCACAGGAGGCGGGAACCCGCUGAAGCUCAUCCCGCCGGCGCACCGCCCACUCCUCACCACUCUAUACGCGCUAUACCCAUUAACUCUCCUACCAGCCCUAGACCUACUAGACAGACAUCUCGCAACGCGCAUCAUAAUCGCACCGCCUCAUUCCCAGGGAGACACAACAACACCAUCUGCAGCACCCGAAGAAAAAAAGGGGCAACCACCAACCCACCACCCCUUCUACAUAGUCCGCUCCGCACAACCCCAACACCCCCGGCGCGACACCGCCUCCGCCUCCGCCCCCGGCCCGCGGUACGUCGUGCGCCCCUCCGCCUGGAACUGCAGCUGCGCCGCCUUUGCCUUCGCCGCGUUUCCGCGGGGCGAGGACCGCUACGACAUCGGCUCUACACCCUCCACAGCCCAGCAGACCAGGAAAGACGACGACGAGGCGCUCGAAUGGCAAUUCGGAGCCCUGAGCCUCGACGGUACGGAAGGGAGCGGGAUCGCCGGGGUGCCGUGCUGCAAGCACUUGCUGGCGUGCGUGCUGGCUGAGAGGUGGAGUGCUGUGCUUGGCGGGUAUGUGGAUGAGAGGGUUGUUGGGAGGGAGGAGGCUGCGGGUUUGGUGGCGGAUGUUUGAGGGGGAGGAGGAGGUAGGUGUGUAUGUUGGAGGGAAAUGGGUUGUCUACAAUAUGAUAUGAUGAAUGAUGAAUGAAGUGACGAGUAUUCUACC